CGGUUGAUGACGCAGUUCCGCUUUGCUGGGCGCGCGGCGGACGGUCUGAUUGUAGAGCUCGGUUUUCGCUGGAGUUUCGCGGCUCCAGAGCCCAGCAUGGCCUCCUCACGACCCUCCUCCACGGCAACCAAAACCUCUAAGGCACCUGAUGACUUAGUUGCUCCUGUUGUGAAGAAACCCCACAUCUAUUACGGAAGUUUAGAAGAGAAGGAGAGGGAGCGUCUGGCCAAAGGAGAGUCUGGAAUUUUGGGGAAAGAAGGACUUAAAGCAGGAAUCGAAGCAGGAAAUAUUAACAUAAGCUCUGGAGAAGUGUUUGAAAUUGAAGAGCACAUCAGUGAGCGACAGGCAGAAGUAUUGGCUGAGUUUGAGAGAAGGAAGCGAGCCCGGCAAAUCAAUGUUUCCACAGAUGACUCAGAGGUCAAGGCUUGUCUUAGAGCCUUGGGGGAACCCAUCACGCUUUUCGGAGAGGGCCCUGCUGAAAGAAGAGAGAGAUUAAGAAAUAUCCUUUCAGUGGUUGGUACUGAUGCCUUAAAAAAGACCAAAAAAGAUGAUGAAAAAUCUAAGAAGCCCAAAGAAGAGUAUCAGCAAACCUGGUACCAUGAAGGACCACACAGCCUAAAGGUUGCUAGGCUAUGGAUUGCUAAUUAUUCACUGCCCAGGGCAAUGAAACGCUUGGAAGAGGCUCGUCUCCAUAAAGAGAUUCCUGAGACAACUAGGACCUCUCAGAUGCAAGAGCUGCACAAAUCCCUUCGGUCUUUGAAUAAUUUCUGCAGUCAGAUUGGGGAUGACCGGCCUAUCUCAUACUGUCACUUUAGUCCCAAUUCCAAAAUGCUGGCCACAGCUUGUUGGAGUGGGCUUUGCAAGCUCUGGUCUGUUCCUGAUUGCAACCUUCUUCAUACUCUUCGAGGCCACAAUACAAAUGUAGGAGCAAUUGUAUUCCAUCCCAAAUCCACAGUCUCUUUGGACCAAAAAGAUGUCAACCUGGCCUCUUGUGCUGCUGAUGGUUCUGUGAAGCUUUGGAGCCUCGACAGUGAUGAACCAGUGGCAGAUAUUGAAGGCCAUACUGUACGUGUGGCCCGAGUAAUGUGGCAUCCCUCAGGACGUUUCCUGGGCACCACCUGCUAUGACCGCUCAUGGCGCUUAUGGGAUUUGGAGGCUCAAGAGGAGAUCCUGCAUCAGGAGGGCCACAGCAUGGGUGUGUAUGAUAUUGCCUUCCAUCAAGAUGGCUCUUUGGCUGGCACUGGGGGACUGGAUGCAUUUGGUCGAGUUUGGGACCUGCGCACAGGACGUUGUAUCAUGUUCCUAGAAGGCCACCUGAAGGAAAUCUAUGGAAUAAAUUUUUCCCCCAAUGGCUACCACAUUGCAACUGGUAGUGGUGACAACACGUGCAAAGUGUGGGACCUUCGACAGCGACGCUGCGUCUACACCAUCCCUGCCCAUCAGAACUUAGUGACUGGCGUCAAAUUUGAGCCUAUCCAUGGGAAUUUCUUGCUCACUGGAGCCUAUGAUAACACGGCCAAGAUCUGGACCCACCCAGGCUGGUCCCCACUGAAGACUCUGGCUGGCCAUGAGGGCAAAGUGAUGGGCCUCGACAUUUCUGCUGAUGGGCAGCUCAUAGCCACUUGCUCAUAUGACAGGACCUUCAAGCUCUGGAUGGCUGAAUAGGCAGGGCCAUGGACAAAGGACUCUAACCUCCAGCUCUUAAGAGCCAUUUUCCUCAAAAGAAAGGAAUUGACGUGUUCUAUUCCAUCAUGUUUUUUGCCACCUACCAUGUGUAGACCCUCAACAGAAUUGGAUUUCCAUGUCAGCCCCCCGUCCAGGCAGGCAGCCCAGUCCCUGGGUGCUAGUGAACCCCUUUCAUGGUUAAAAUUUUAAUUUUCAUCUUUAGGCCCUGCCACAAAUUGUGUAGACAUUGUUUUUAUAAUCUUUUUUGUUUGAAUGCCCUGUUGCCUUCCUCACAGCACCCAGGAUUGUGACUGACUCCCUCCAUUUUUAAUUCUUGAAACUUGGCUUGCCGUCACGUGGUACGUGCUUAAGGACUGCGUGUCACCUAGAUAGCAGGGUGGCCAGACUAUAUUCUGGAAGCCCUCAAGUAAAGAGGCACAUCAAACAAUGCCUGGACAGAGCUGAGGACCUCUCCUCUACCUUGAGAAUGGGAGGUGAGGCAGUAGCCACAGUUAUGCUGAUGGUUAUGCAGUAAAGAAGAUUUUAUCUCUUCCUGUUGAGUUCACUUGGGAUACCAACUGCAUCAGGAAGCUCAGAGCUGAACAUUUGCCUUAUCAGAAAAUGUCUUCCGUUUUGCUUUGAUGUUUGGCAUCUUUCGUGUUACCCCAAAGCAAGUCCAUUGUGUCAGGAUUCAGAGAAAUGAUUAGAAAGAAAAUAUGAUGUUUAUUGUGCAGCCUUCUUUCUGUUGGUUACUUAAAGGAUGGUAGCCUUCAUGCCAAGGUAACUGAAAAAAAAUCCCUAGUGGGUAUUCCUGAACGUAAACUUUUUAUUUUUUUCCUUUUAUAAAAACUGUUCUUCAAAGAAUUAUUUUGUAUAGUUAAACGUUUUCUGAAUCCCAGCCACUGGACCAUAGAAGUCCCAUUUUUUUGGUUUAGGGGCUAGCAAAUAAUCAUAAAAAUUGCUUGCUCCAAUUUCUGGAUACUGAAUGAGCACUCUGUUAAUAGUUUUCUUAAAAAUAGAGGGCUGCUUGCGUUGUGAGCUGUAUCUGGACCCUAUGAUUCUUAUUCACUGGUCAUGCAGCAUUUACCUUCACUUCUUUUCCACCCCAAGCAGACACACUCAGAACACUUCACUUGCUAUUCCAGAGAGGGUAAGCGUGGCUUUGCUCGAGGCCUAUUCUGUCAGCUAUAAGUGUGUGAUAUAUAGCUAAAUAUACUGUUUAAUCUGAUUUUAUUAUAACCAAAUAGUUACAUAUCCUGUGUAGUUGUUAAGCUUCUGAAUUCUCAGCUGUUCCCUCUGUUGGGCACAUCACUGUUGUUUAGGUAUUAAUGGGCUCUGUCUCCUCCAGUGUUUUCCAUGAAAAGAAAUUAUUUUUCAUUACUACCUGUGUAGUAGUUAUACAGUAAUAAUGAACAUUAUUGUAUUAGCAUGCAGUUUGGAUAUAGUGUGCUUACAAAGGUUUUCAGUUUUUCAAGUUUAAAUUUAACCGUUAGCUCCCUUAGAUUUGUUGCUUCCAAGUUUUUGGUUCCAAGAGAUUUAGAGGUAACAGGUAGGUAAAAGCAUUUCAUCUAAGCAUGUGACAGAACAAGAAAUACACAUUUCUUCACUGGAAAUAAAUGUCAUAAGAAAGUGGUUAACUGAGAAACAUGAAGCAUUUCAUGGUAAUGGUGAGAUAAACAGCCAAAACUGAGGCUCACAGAGGUUAAGUAACUUGCUCAAGGUUACCCAGCUAGUAAGUGGAAGAGCCUGAAUUCGAACCUUAGUCUGACAGUUGGUGACAUUAUGAGAAGAUUUAACAGACUUUACUGAGUAUGUUGACAACAGUGGCCAGACAAUCAUUCCAGCCAGUACACCGUUUCCUGUAGAAAGCCUGAGCUUUUUAACCACCCCAUCUUGUAUACUGCCCUUUUCACAAGUCACUUCAUCUCUGGCCCUGACUUCAUGCCACAUGAGGUUUAAGUAAUUUUACUGCUUCUACCUCAGGAACUUAUGAAGAGCCUAUAGUGUUAACAGGAUAACCAUUUGCAUUUUGGGAUACAUGAUAUUUAGGUGUGUGGGACUGUCUUAAGCAUUGUAGGUAUCUUAGCAUUCCUAGCCUCUGGGCCCUAAACAUCAGAAGCACAACCCAUCCCCUUCAUUGGAGCACCAAAGAUGUUCCCGCACAUUUCCAAGUACUUCCUAGGAGGAUGGUACUGCCCCAAGCUUAGAACUACUAAAUGCGAAAGUAGGAGACUCUGUAAUGUUAAACAUAUCCUUCCCUAUCCAAAAAAAACUCAAACCUGUAUCUUUUCUUAUUUGGAUUGUAUGUCAACCUCUCCAAGAGUCUUAAGUUCUGUUUUGACUGAAAAGACUCCCCCACUUACUAGCUGUGUGAUCUUGAACAAAGUAGCUAAACUCGCGGAGCCUCAGUUUCAUCUAUAAAAUGGGGGUAAAGCUUACUUGGAGUGCAGAGGCAGGUGUCCUUCCUGAGUGUCCCCCAGCUCCUCUCCCUGCCCCUUACCCUGAGAACAGGGUGAGAUCAUUACCUACCUAACUGAUACGUUAAGGAGCAAGGAUGUGUAAUAAAAUGAAGUCAACAGGGAAAGGUUGACUCUCAGCUUUAGUGUAAUUAUCUUUGAUGGCCUAGAGAGGUAGGUGCUAGUCCCCGGAUGGGAUAUAUUGGCAGCUUUCCAAUUUUAUAAUGGAGAAUUUGUUUUCUUCACAUUGGAGCUUCAAACAGUUUGGUUUUACUAAACGUGAGAUGUAUGUCUUGGCUGCUUUGAAAUAUCUUGUACAUUAAGACCCCUAAGGGGAAUUUAUAGAAGCUAGAUCCAUUACACUCACAAAAUGUUACUU